ACAUUCAGCUGCUCUGAGUGUGGGAAAAGAUUUGUCCGCAAACAGCAUCUGCUGACACACAUGAGAACUCACACAGGAGAAAAACCUUUCAGCUGCUCGGUCUGUAAGAAAUCUUUUACAGAAAGAGGAAGUGUAAAGGCACACAUGAGAAUCCACACGGGAGAAAAACCUUUCAGCUGCUCGGUCUGUAAGAAAUCUUUUACAGAGAGAGGAAGUGUAAAGACACACAUGAGAAUCCACACAGGAGAGACGCCCUUUAGCUGCUCUGAGUGUGGAAAAAGAUUUAACCACAACUCAGGUCUGAGGAGACAUUUGAGAACUCAUACAGGAGAAAAACCUUUCAGCUGCUCAGUUUGUGAUAAAAGAUUUGGCUGCAUGACAAACCUGAAGAGACACAUGAGAACUCACACAGGAGAGAAACCUUUCAGCUGCUCAGUCUGUAAUACAUCUUUUACACACAGUGAAGCUAAAAGGAGACACAUGAGAACUCAUAUAGAAGAAAAACCUUUCAGCUGCUCAGUCUGUAAGAAAUCUUUUAUAAGUGCUAGCCAUUUAAAUUAUCACAUGAAACAACACAAAGGAGAGGAGCCAUCUACUUCCUGUGUUAGUGGCAACAGGAAGCAGCAGGAGUGGAGCUCCAAUGUGGACCAGGAGCAGCCAGAGAAUCUCAGCCAGGUUUGAACUCUAUGAACCAUAGAAAUAAAAUGGAUAGAAAGGCCAUUUCCUUUCAAAUCAAGGUAGCAUAAUAGUCAGUGUCAGCCAUUUUUAUGUGUACCAUUGCCAUGGUAACGUAUAAACUUCAGCAUAAGCCAACUUCUGGCGAGUCGCGGAGCUGAGGCUAAAUGAGUCACAUUAACUUCAUGCUUCAUCCACACAAAGCACACUGCUAUCGCCACGAGUAACCGCUUUAUUGGGCUCGUUUUCUG